AGCAGCAGAGCGGAGCAGCAGCAGCAGAGCGGAGCAGCCCCGCCGCGGCUCCGCCCCCGCCGCCCCGCGCAGCCGCGGAGCCGAGUUCAGCGCAGCGGUGGCUGUGCUGCACCUGGAGCUCUCGCCUCUGCUGCCCCUGGGCCCGGCGCUGCCUGCCCUCCCCCGGCUCGGCCCGGCCCGGCCCGCGGAGCCCGCGGCGCAGACAUGGGAAAAUCUCUUUCUCACCUGCCUUUGCACACAUGCAAGGAGGAUGGCUAUGAUGGAAGCACAGUGUCUGAUAACAUGAGGAAUGGGUUAGUUCACUCGGAAUCCCACAACGAGGACAGCAGAUGUGGAGAUGUGUCGCAGUUUCCCUAUGUGGAAUUUACAGGAAGGGACAGCGUUACCUGCCCGACUUGCCAAGGAACAGGAAGAAUUCCACGAGGACAGGAAAAUCAGCUGGUAGCACUAAUUCCAUACAGUGAUCAGAGGCUGAGGCCAAGAAGAACAAAGCUCUACGUGACUGCUUCUGUAAUAGUGUGUUUGCUGCUUUCUGGGCUGGCUGUGUUCUUCUUGUUCCCUCGCGCAAUCGAUGUGGAAUACGUUGGUGUGAAGUCGGUGUAUGUCAGCUAUGAACCGGAUAGACGAAUCAUCUAUCUCAACAUCACAACCACACUAAAUAUAACAAACAACAACUGUUACUCUGUCGAAGUGGCAAACAUCACAGCCCAGGUUCAGUUUUCAAAAACAGUUAUUGGCAAAGCACGGCUAAACAACAUCACCAACAUUGGUCCUCUGGAUAUGAAACAGAUUGACUAUAUGGUGCCAACAGUCAUACAAGAUGAAAUGAGCUACAUGUUUGACUUCUGCACUUUACCAUCUAUCAAAGUGCAUAACAUAGUAGUGAUGAUGCAAGUGACAGUGACAACUUCUUACUUUGUCCACUCUGAGCAAAUAUCCCAGGAGAGAUACCAGUACGUGGACUGUGGAGGAAACACAACCUACCAGCUGGGCCAGUCAGAAUAUUUAAAUGUACUUCAGCCUCCUCAAUAAAAGCACCUGUUGGUUAGUGUGGAAUGACUGCUGUCAAUGCUUGCAGUGAUCCUCUCAGUAGGACUGGUACUGUAUGAAGGGGAGAGUACAUGCAUGUGAAGCAUAGCAAACGCGGUGACCUGUUCAGGUGCAGGGAGGGAAAAGGUGCAAAAUGUAUAUAGAUGCACUUGUUAAAUGUUGUGUUUUCCCCUUCUGUUUGCUCUCUGUUACUGUAAGCACUUCUGUCAAGCUGUGUGGUGGGAGGGAGAGGGAGCAUAUCAGAGUCUUGAACUGAACCUGGGACCUUUCUUUACAGUGUGGUACAUCAGCUUAGAGUAACUGUGUCUAUGUCUGUGUUUAGGUGAAAUGUGUCACUAAUGAGCAUUUUAGAAAACUUGAUACUCAGUUUUUAAGUUUAUACUUCAGUUCUUGAUAUUUGAAUAUUAAACCUGGCAGUAUUACUACUCAAAUAACAAGAUUACUUGGAAGUAUCUGAGUAUGAAACUUCUCUUAGUAACCCAGUGGCAAUAGUUCUUUACUUUGGGAUUCUACUUUUAAUUUGCUACACGUGAUUGAUCAGAGGUGACAUGCAGUCUGUGGAAGCCAGGAAAGCUCUCUUGGAUGACACUAUACUUGAAAGUGCAACUUCUGGAAUCUGGCAUCUUUUCACAUUCCUUCCUGCUACCUCUGGGGUGUUGCAAGGAGAAUGUUGUUAAAGGUGGGGUUAAAAACAAAAUUAAAAACACCUCCCAGAAUCAUUACUGACAAAAUAUUUUCCAGACUGUAGAAAAUCAAUGGGUAAAGAAUUUGACAGUAUCUUUCUGUUUUGUUGAUUGUUUUUUCUUAAACUUUGGAGUACAGCUACUAAAAUCAAGAUUUUGCAAGGCAGGGAAACUGAGCAUGGGUUUGGGCAGCUGGAUGUUAGAUUUUGGUCAUUUUUGUUUUAAUAGACUGUGUAUCUAAGCUACUUAAAAGUAUUCAUAUGUUGGGGGAUGUCUGUUUAGUUCACAGGCUCAGUAAGCCAUCUCCAGAGCACUCAGUUCACAUCACAGUUAUGUAAGGGAGAGUAAAGCAAUUCUUUCUGCAGGAGUAAGUGCUGGUGUAAUCAUGAGACUGACUUAAAGCUGUUAAAUAGUUUCAGUAGGAUAAUUUGCACAGCGAGAAUUCCUGGGAUCAGUAUCAAAUGUGGUGAUUGUAAUUUUUGGGGUAGACUUCUGAAGGCUGACAGUUCAGAGGGUUAGGCACAGAACUUUUUAAUUAGCUAGAGGAGGAUUGUUUUAUUUCUGAAUUAGAUUAAGAUGCAGCUGAGGUCCUGUUGCCUUGUAAUGAAUAAUAUAUUUUUUUAAAUGCAUAUUGCUGGUUUUGUGCUGCCCAGUUCCUAGAAAUAAGCUAUCUAAAAUCAACUAGCAAUAAAUGCUAUGGGAAAAGGCUACUGAGUAACUUCUUACAAGGAACAAUCUUCUGUGCUCCAGUACUUCAGUGAAGGCAUGUUAAUUAAUCUUUUCUUUUAUCAGCCUUUCUUAGGUGCACCUAAUUGGAUGGGUGGGGAAAAAAGUAUCAGUGGUCUGACACUGAAGAAAUGAACCAAAACGAAAUCCUCCUCUGUUUGAACUGCUGUGACCUUUUUCUGUGGAUGUCUGAAAAUUUUGGGAGCCUAAACUGUCAGUUCCAUAGAGCUGUUUGGUGGCAGCUUUUGGCUUUGGAUAGCUUCUGGCUCUGGAAUAAUCAAUUCUAAUGACUUACUGUCAUUACAUUCUGAAUUAUUCUUUAGUCUGGGCACUUCAAAUUAAACAUUUUUUAGUACAGCUGCAAUCAUAAGGGACACUAGUUCACAACUGAACUUUAGUCUUCCUGGAGUAUAGCUGAGGUUCAGUCCUGUUGCUGAUAACAUACAUGCAGAAGUGUCCUGGAUGGAUAACAGGUGAUCAGAAUAGUGGGGAGCUGGCUAGGAUAGAGGUAAACUCCUCUGUGUUACCUGCUGUAGAGGGAUUUGCUUAUCUUGGAGAACAGAGAGAGAAUGCUGGUUUAAUCAUGGCAGACUGGAAGUCAACCAGCAGGUGAAAACAAAUUCUUUUAAUUCUAGGCCAAAGUAUUUACACAUAGAGUGUGUGUUUUGUUUGUUUAGGGGUGGGUUGGUUGGUUUGGGAGGUUUACAUAGAAAACAGCUGUAGGCAGAGAUUCCAAUUUAAAGCAAUUAAAAUUUAAAGCAGUUUUCCAAUUUAUUCCAAUUUAAAGCAUUUUUUUCUUCUUCAAGGGCUAAAAGUUCACAUAAAACAACUGGAAUGGCACAAUGAUAAAGUUAUUUGGUGACAGACCCAAAUGCUGUUUGAACAAAUGUGACAAGAUUGAAGUUACACUGGAGUUAAGAGUGUUGAGGCUCAGACUGACCUUUGAAAGUUUGGCAGUCGUGCUGAGCAAAACACACACUUAAAUCUGUGGUUCAGAAAUUCCACAAAAUGUUUGUUACUGGCUAAUUCUAAAAUAAAGAAUUAUGAGUGGAAUUACUCUUUCUGUGUGUGUGGCAGAAGGGGGAAGACACAACUCUUGAUAUUUGUCAUCUGAGGUAUCUAAUGGAUGUGAACUUCAACACCAUCAAUUUAUGGUAGACCUUACUGAAUGACCAGGAGUUCUCAUCUUGAAAAAUGAGUGAAGAUCUUAUUGAUGAAUCCUCAAAUGAGAUCAGUUAGGGGAGAAUCAAAGGUAUAUGGUUUUGCAUGUGCUGGUUUGUCAUUGCAAAGCUAACAGCACAUUACUAAUAACCAUCAAGGCAAGUACUUGGAUUUAACUACUAAUUUUAAUAUAACAUCCUGUCAGAUAAGCAGCUGUUGGAAUACUUAGGCUUGAUUUCUAUGGCUGAGCUUGGAAAUGUGCAGAGGGAGCAAGGGAAAUCAAUGUUAACUUGUAUAACUUCGUAGACAAGCCAUGAGAAUAGAUUCAAGUGUCAGACCUGUAAUUAUUUCACUUUUUAAACCUGUCUUUUAAAAAGGCAAGCCUUUCAGCCCAUUGUAAAUCAAUAAGUACAAAUUACUUCCAGAAGGUCAGCUUGAGGAAUCAUCAUUUACUUUUUUCUUUUCUGAUAUGUUUUCCUGUGUGAAAGAUGGUUUCUGAAGGACUUCCUCUGAAGGGAUUCAUAUUUCACUUGUAACUUCCCCAUCAUUUUCCACUGCUAUCAAAUGCCUAUCUAGUGGCAUUGUAGGGUUGGCUUUUAAGGGAUUUAUUUUCUGUAUGAUUCUUUUCACUUGGAUUUUUUUGUAGCAAUUCCUGUACCAAAAUACGUUGCACCUUAAAAUAGAAGCUCAGUUAGUUAUCUCCUAGUGCAGUGGUUCAGAUGUUGCACUGUAAUGCAGGAAAAUCCCAACAUUUAAUGUAUUCUCUGUAGAAUCAGUGUAAAAUAUCAAGAUUGUCAAUAAUGUGGAACACUUAAAUGUGUACAAGUGUUGGCUAUUUGGCCAUUCUCACCUGGAGAAUAAAAUGAUUUUACAUUUUAACUAUGAUGCUUUAAGGAUUAAUGACUGAAAUAAAGCUACCAAACAAAGAUCCAACCAUCAGAUAUCCAUCUGGAAAGGUUUAAAGGGAAUCACUAAAAGGUGUAGUAAGAAUUAAAUUCUCAAUGUGGGGAAAAGCCUGUAGAAGCUCACUCAUAAUUUAUUUACUCAUUUUGAUGUUGAAGAGACAGUUCCUGAAUUCUUAAUCUCUUGUAAAGGCAAACAUAACUAUUUUUUUUUCCUGUGUGGUAUAUCUUUGAUGUUCCUACUGCACUUCUGAUGCGUGCAUGACCUUGCUGUUAACAUUGUGAUGUUUAUAUUUUGCAGCCUUACGUUGGCAAACUGAAGUACAUGCCUUAGUUGACUUUGUUCCAAAUUGUCCUUGAAGUUCUGCAAGUGAAUACAUUUUUUUUCCCCAGUGGUAAUUUGCAAACAUGACUGCUUUGGGGAUUUUUAGUGUGUGGUGUGUCAAGCUUAAGUGCUUGGAUUGAACUGUUAAGGUCUUGAACCAUCUGGCUUAAGUGUCAUGCCCUCAUGAUGGGAAAGGGAGUGCUUGGAGUAGUCUGCAAAACAUUUCUAGACUGAGAUGUUAAAAAGUGUUAGUUCUUAUCCAGCAUUGAAGGCUUCCUUUUUAUUUAUUUGGGUUUUUUUUUCUUGGUGGUGCUGAUGGGGUGAUUAGUUGUAGCUGUGCUUUUUUCCCCACCCUCCAAAUCUGUAGUUGGGUAUCUGUCUCUUCUCAGACAGCAGCUUAAGAAAUGAUUGACUUAUUUUGGUCUUGGGCAGCUGUGUGAAGUUUACCAUCACUUGAAAUUGAGAGUUAAGAGAUGGGUAAAACCUAGCACCUCUGAGAACUACUUGUUUUGCUUGCCUGUCUGGCAAAAUGUCACAGCCCUCACAAUGCUUCCAGGCUUACUGUUACCUCUGAAAGGGAAGGAGAAGUAAGGCAAGUGCAAGCAACGUACUAAAUGAACUACUGCAAUCAGCAAAGCAUCUAGAUUAUUGGGGUUUGGGGUUUUUUGGGGGGAGAUGAAAGUCAAGCUAGAACCCAGCCAACACGUGGUGAAAAUAAUAACUUGAGUAUGGCAACAAUAUCCAGUGUUUGUCUGCUCAAGAAGUCACCUUCCUGUUUUAGGUGAGGAGCUCUGGACACUCCUAGAGGGAUGGUUUGAGCUAGUUUGUGCUGCUGCACUACAGCUUUUUGCCUACAAGCUUCCUUUUCAGCCUGUAUGCAGCCCUGUUGGACUGGAACAGUUGUCUGCAAGGAGACUGCUGGUGACAGAAACAUCCUGAUCCUCCUGUCCUCUUCACCAACCAUCAUAAGGGCCUUAACAGUCUUUUGGGUACUGAAAACUGCUUUUGCUUUUUCUGAGUAGGGAUGUUUAGUGCCAGACAUGCAAGUGUAUUACAGCACCUGAAUGUUUUGGAUCUGACUGUCAGUGAUGUUGUUCAUUUUUGGUUUAAGGAAGCAAAAUUAACCACUGUUAAUACUCAUUGUACAGAGUGUGCAAAUAAUGGCUUGAGAUAUGUAUAGAAAAAACUAAUGAGUGAUAACUAUUUUUGUAACUUAAGAGUUGUAAACUGUUGUUCCUGUAAUUGUGUAGCAAACAAUCAAUUUAAGCAUGAUAAACACUCUAAGUCAAGGGAUGUUUGGGGGAUUGACUUGCAGGCCAGAAGCUGUCUUAAUGUAAGUUAACUGGGGCAAAGGAUCUUGUUCUUCAAAGGUUCAGAAAUCUGGAGUUAACUUCAUUAUGCAGAUGUUUCUAAACAGAAUUGACUCAUGACAUUAAAUUUUAUAUUAAAAGAAAAAAAAAAGCUUGGA